AUGCGAGGGCGUCCUGGCCCAUCAGAAGAAGACAACGGGGACUACAUGUCCCUGCUGGAGCUGGGCCAAGAGCAGGACUUGAUGGACAUCCCAGACCUGGGACAGUCCCCACAGCCUGACAAGAAAGUGGACGCGGACUUCUUCAACAGCUUCCAGGAUGACUUUGAUGAGGACGACAUGCGACCCACCACUUAG